AUGUUUGUUACUGAGAUCGCACGUUUUGUGCCAAAUCUCCCAAGCACAUUAGAUAGCAGCAUAUGGCAGAAGGCUGCUGUGGCACUGCAGAACGACAAGACGCCCCGGUACUACGUCCUCGGUACAGAGGUUCAGAACAAGAGCACCGUUCAAAUCACGUCUGAGUUGGAUGCUUAUAGGGAAUACACAAAAUUUGCAUCUACUGACCACUGUACAUCCUUUGCUGGGAGUGUAAGCGAGCUCUUUGGAGCACCGACGGACUGUUUCCAUGUCCACUUCAAUCAGCUGGCUGUUGGGCCGAAUGGGCCUGCGACAGCCAACGUGGUCGAGUUUGUACGGAACUUCUUCGCAAUUUCUCGCCUCACGCCGGAAUUCAAGCAACAGAUCGAAACAGAUUUCUUAAAGUUUGACGAGAUUUACCAAAUGGGAAAACCGGAGGGGCAACGGGGCUUUACGAUGGGUUGGACAUUGGAGGAGGUAGAGCAUCCAGACAUCGAGGGCGAGAGCACCAUGUCUUUUGUCAUCGUCAGGGGUUGGGACAGGUUCGAGUAUUUCGAGCAAUCGCUGCAGAAUGAAUACUACAAGGAGGCCAUCCGUAUACUGUUGGCAUGGAAUGCACCGUUUCAAAUGUGGCAUGUCGAGCGUAAGAUCGAAGAUGGGAUCGUUGGGUGA